AUGGCAGCCAUUGUUAAGCUCUCUAUCACUCUCCUUCUCCUUGUACUUCUCAGUAAAGAUGUUUGUGGUUGUGACUUGAACAAUAUAACUAUUGGAACAAUAAGGAGUGGGAAUGAAAUACAAGGAAAGCCAGAAUGGAACGUUGUUGUAGUGAACAAUUGUGAUUGUCCAAUGCAAAACUUGUUCUUGUCUUGUAAUGAUUUUCAGACAACUGAACCAGUGGAUCCAUCUAUUUUUAAACCUUCAGGAGACAACACAUGUAUUGUCAACAAUGGCAGUUCCAUACAACCAAAGGAUACAGUCAAGUUUUCUUAUGCUUGGGAUCCUCCAUUUUUCCUAAGGCCAACUUCUGUUGUAACUUCUUGUUGA